GUCCAUGGGCAAGAAGAAGAUGGGCCAUCCGGACCACUCCGGGCAGAGGCAGAUGUCGAGGACGGAGUACGUCUCGCUGGCGGAGAGGGAGCUGGGCCUGGGCGGUGCCGGGGGCGCGGCGGCGUCGCAGGAUGCCCCCGGCACGGGGCGCAGCGGCGGUCAGGGCAGCAGCCGCAACCGUUCGAACGAGGCCGCAGCGCCUCUUGCGGCGACAGCCCCGCCCGCCUCGGGCCGGAAGUCGUCCGGGCAG